AUGAAAGAAAUCUUAAGGAAAGUGGAAGAAAUCCGAAAUAAAAUAAAGGAAAUACAAAAGUGUCAGAAAAAUGACCUGGAGAAUUUAGAAUCCAAAUUUGAAAACGCGUUGCAAGAAGACAUGCGAGAAAUAGAAGAAAAAUUGAAAGAAAUCAAAAAUCAACAAAAUGUCGGAGAAAGAAGAGAAACGAUUAUCCAUAAAAUCCAACAAUCGCAAGUAAAUAAGGAAUUGCAAAAUGAAUGGGAAUCUCAGAGAAAAUGUACGCAUUACAAAUCUAAAACAACGCAAAACAUUUGCGAUGCAAUUAUUCAUCCGAACAAUUAG